AUGGACUGGCGAUGGAUCCGGAAAUGCUGCGCCUAUGAAUUCGACCAAGGCAAUAUUGGCGGUGUCCUCACAUUCCCUGCCUUCCGCUCGACCUUUGGGAACGACGAGCUCUCAGAUGAAGCUGUAGACGAGAGAGAGGGCGUUGUGGCAGGCAUGCUUUCGGCCGGCGGCGCUGGAGGUGCCCACAUUGCGGCCCCUCUUGCUGACUUCCUCGGCCGCAAGUACGCCAUCGCCAUCAUGAGCGCUGUCUUCAUGCUCGGCGCUGCCCUGCAAGAAGUCCCUCUCCUGGACGCCAUGUAUGCUGGCCGAUCCCUGGCCGGAUUGCCUAUCGGUGCCACGUCCAUGCUGUCACUUCAGUUCCUGGCAGAGAACUCGCCUAAGUCCAUCCGUGGCGCACUGACGACCUCAUACAGCCUCAUGAUCAUCAUGGCGCUCGCUCUGGCCUUUUGGAUCAACUACGUCCCCAUCGGGACGCCGCGUGCUCUGAUUGCCCGAGGAAAGGACGAAGAAGGACUCAAGAACCUCUGCAAGCUCCGUCAGCUGCCAGCUGAGCACCCCUACGUCCAGCACGGAUACAACGAAAUCGUGGCACAGACCGAGAGCGAGCAGAGCAGCGCCAGGAGCUUCAACUACAUUGCCGUGUUCAAGUCGCUGGCAUGCAGCGCGACCAACCGAUGUCGCUUCCUCCUCUCGAUGCUGUUGUUCCUCUUGCAGAAGCUGACUGGUAUCGACGCCUUCAACUACUUUGCGCCUCAAACCUUCACCAUGAUUGGUGUUCCAGCCGACAUCGUCGGCAUCAUCUUACCUGACAGCAUGAAUGAAGCCUGUGUCCAUGGCAUGGAUGCCGCCACAGCCAGCACCAGCCUCCAACUACCGCAGGCCUACAAAGGCGCCAGCAGCAGAGUCACGCGCUCGUCGCUGGCCUGUCUGCCAUGCCGCUCCCGCCACCUGAAGUGUGACAGCCGCCGGCCCCGCUGCGGCCGUUGCGUCGAGGCCGAGAAAGAUUGUGACUACGCCCAGUCUCGCCGAGGCGGACUCGACCGGGCUGCCCUGGCCGAGAGGCGGAAGCGACUUGCGACCGCGCAGGCUCAGAAUGCCGGCCUGCCACUCGGCUCUGCCCCAGACCGAGACACCGGGAUCAGGAUCAACAUCCCACAGACUAUUUGCAUUACUAAUGAUCCAUGGGCCGGCCCUGGGCUUGGGUUCGGGAGACCCGAUACAAGCUCCCCGACACCUGCAUCAUCCGACCUGGACGGCAAUGCCAUCGAGUCAGAUGCGCUGAUACAUCUCUACUAUAGCAACUUUCACAGCCUUCAUCCCUUCGUUCCCCCACGCAAACAUCUCAUCAGACUGUGCCAGGAUGAGAGCAGGUGGCCCAGCUGGAAGCCCCUCGUCGCUACGCUCCGUCUGGUCGGCCACCUCUACGGCUCGCAUGAGUGGUCCUCCGCGCUGGAGGCCAACGUUCUCGACUGCCUCUCCCACUCUUCACAGCCAGAUCCAAUCCUGGUGCAAGCCCGUCUGCUGUUCUCAAUGGUUCUCUUCUGGCACGGAUUCAUGUCUGGGGCCAAGCGCGAGAUGGACAUGGCCGCCCAAGGUGCUCUUGAGAUCGGCCUCUUUCGACGCGAGUUUGCAGCCAACCACGGGGACAGGGAUCCGGUGCUGCAGGAAAGCUGGAGGAGGACGUGGUGGAUGUUGUAUGUCGCAGAUGCAUAUUACGCGGGCACGCUAGGCACUACAGACCUCGCUGUCAGCGACGUGGAAGCCACCGUCGAGCUGCCGUGUGAGGAGUCCGAGUACGAGUCAGGGGACAUCCCCCUGUCUAAGACCAUGGACGACUUUGAAUGCCGUGAAUUUGAGCCAGAAACCACGUGCUUCUCGUCCUUCGCCUAUCUCAUCGGUGCCACCCAAUGCGCAUCUCUAGCAUUAUUGCAGACACUGGGCGAUGCAACAGGAGGCUCUUCAACUCAAGUCCACCAAGCUGCGGAUGCGGUCAUGGACGGAUGGCUCCUCCUGCUGCCAGAGCACAAGAGGCAACUCAUGAACAAGGCUGGUGAGGUCGAUGAGCUCAUGUUCCAGGCUCACCUGAUGAUCCACGUAACCACCGUCGGGAUACAUCGGCCACUCUCAGAUCUUAAGUUCAAUGACAUCGAAGACGUAUCCAGCUGUGCCCGGGAACCUGCCCGUGCGAAGGCAAGAGCUGACCUGAUCAACGUCCACACCGUCCGGGUGCUCAGGGCCGUGGAGGCGCAAAUCCACCUUCUCACGCUCCCCUCUCGGCCAUUCCACCACACGCCCUUCACCACAUGCAUGGUCAGCGAGGGGACUCUGGCGCUCCUCUCCGCCUGCAACUACCUACUUAAGGGGAAGGAAUUGGCAGUAGCCAGGGAUCAGAUCCGCGUGACCAUCGGGUGCCUCCGGUCUCUCGGAGAGGUUUGGCCUCGGACAGCGAGAAAUGUCACGGAAAUUCAGACGAUCGCGCGGCAUGUUCUAGGGAUGGAGCGAGAUUUUGUGGGCAGCCAUACCACAGAAGGUGACCAAGUUCCCAGUUUAUCUGGCGGCGGCGGACAGCCAAGUGUCAAGUCCUCCGGGACAGAACUGUCGAGCAACGGCCAGUCCUCUGAGCCUUUCGUCCCCGAUGCGGCAUCUCAGUGGUUCAGCCUGGACGACCUGCAGCCAGACUUUGCCUGGUGGCCCGACGGUUACGAGGACGACAGCACGCAGAGUUGA